AUGCCAGGAGAAAUCACCACCCCCGAGCCAAGUCAAGCCGCACAGACAAAGGGUAAGGGAAAGGUUGUCGAGGAAGAAAAAGAAGAAAAUGUUACAAAAAGCUCUUCAUCGACAAAAUCUACAAACGAAUAUCAACUGAAAGCGAUUGAAUGGACUGAUUCAGUAAGCGAAAAAACCAGAAAGUUGAAGAUCAUCACUCAAAAUGGUAAUGUUUUGCUUUUGCGAGGUGCUAUUGAGACUAAACCAUAUGAACGUUCAAAU